AAAGUUUCCAUAUUUGAGUCACUCAGUGACGUGUAUGGAACUAAGAAGUUUGAAGCGAUGCUGAGUUUUCAUCCUCACAAACGUUUAUGAAAAAAAAUUUUUUUAUCUGACACGCCGCUAUUUAACCGAAAUUAUGUUUAAUGCGUCCUUAAAACCCAACUGAAUCACUCAUUUUACCUGUAACACAGAAGGGACUUUUCAACCCUUAAUGGGGUUUUUCAACACUUUCAUCUGGCCUUGACCAAACUAUUUCCCUGUUGCUUUCCUGCGCAAGCACAUGUUUACAGAUAUAAAUACAAUUGUGAAAUGCCACUGAUAGCUCAAAAUAAAAAAAAAUCUCUUCCAGAAAAGAAAUACAUUUGAAAAAACACAUGAAAAUAUCGCCAAUUCCUUUUACAGCUUUUGGAUUGAUAUUGUUAAUAAUGAUUUGAUCUAAGCCCAUGAUAUUAUACUAAAGAACAAAGAGCAUCUCAUGAUCAUGGUAUGUUUCGGCUGUGUACCAAUUGGAACACACUCAAGACGAAAUAUGCCGAUAUCUUCCGAAGGUAUUUUCGCCGAACGGACAGCGACAUCUACCGACUAGACGACACUAUGACGUCAUUAGGCGAUAUUGUGACGUCACGCCAUUGUCUGACAUUGUCUCAGCUAGCUACAGCAGCACUGCAGUAGGCUCUUCAUUUAUCGAGAUUAUCGAAGCAUUAUGCCAGUUACCAGACGUCUGACUGUGUCCGAGUGUGAGGGCUUUGAUUCCGAGGUGGCGGAGUGUUUUUCACGUACAAAACCGACAGAGUUUCAUGAUUCGGUUCCCAAAUACGUCACAAUAAAACCAAGACCAGUCGCCAGGCGUCUGACCGUGUCCGAGUGUGAGGGGUUUGAUUCCGAGGUGGCAGAGUGUUUUUCACGUACAGAACCGACAGAGUUUCAUGAUUCGGUUCCCAAAUACGUCACAAUAAAACCAAGACCAGUCGCCAGGCGUCUGACCGUGUCCGAGUGUGAGGGGUUUGAUUCCGAGGUGGCAGAGUGUUUUUCACGUACAGAACCGACAGAGUUCCACAAUUUGGUUCCCAAACACGUCACAAUAAAACCAAGCCCUAUUCGUCCCGAGCCACCAUUCCAAUGGGACUGUAGUAAAGAGGACAAACAACUUGGCAAAGAGCUCGAGCUCCACGUGCAGCUUACGGCUGUCCUGGUUGAUGUGGACAUUCUCCGGGCUGACCUACGAGAUGCACGACUCCGUUCCCAAUGUCUGAAACUGAAGAACCAACAUCUUCAGAGACAAGCCAGACAACUCUCGGAGGAGAAAGUCUCCCUCAGGGAGCAGGUGGAUCGCUUGGUGAAGGAGAGGGACAUGUUGAGAGCUGAAAGACUGUGUGUACAUUCAGGAGAGGGAGAGGGUGUUGGACUUGUCCAGAGGUCAGGAGCUACACAGACCACGAGCUUUGACCACAUUGUCCAGUCAAAAAAUGGAAUGCCUCGUGAACAAGACAAUAGGUCAACAAGACAUCAUGAACUCUCUCAAAGUAGUCUGUCAUCAAAGAAACAUAUGUCAUCAAGCACAACCAAUUUAAUAGAAACUUGUAGUCAGAAACAAAAUGUACAAAAGUCAAAUUCUUUCUUUCGUCGUUUUGCAAAACUGAUCAGAAGAAACAAAUCAUAAUGUAAUUCAGUCCUUUUUAAUGAUGGUAAUAACAAUUGUUUCA